AUGUCGCAUUCUGACCUCUCCCAGCCUCUUUUCACCUGCCUCUCAUGCUCUAUAGCGUUCCCAACCGCCGAGGAUCAGAGGGUACAUUAUCGCUCAGAUCACCAUCGGUAUAAUAUGAAGCGUAGAGUAGCCUCGCUUCCUCCCGUUAGUGCUGCGGUUUUCGCGCAAAAGCUUCAGGAGAGGCAGCAGGAAAGUACAGCAACUGCGGGACAACUGACUUGCGAAAUAUGCAAUAAAACAUACACGACGGAGGGUGCCUACCGUUCACACGUCAACUCCAAGCGUCACAAAGAGAUAGAAGCCAAAGUCGCUGCUGGUGCGUUACCCCGACCUGCUGAACACAAAACAAAAAGCCCCGCGUCGCCCUCGGCCGCGUCACAAAGUACUCCAGAGGAAGGCGAAGAUGGUGCAGAGAAGCCUGAGGAGGAUCGCGAGAUAGACGCGAAAAUUUCUGCUGCUGCAGGCAAAACCCUUUCACCAUCCGACUGCUUAUUCUGCACGAACAGCGCUGCGUCGUUCGAGGGGAACCUUACACACAUGUCCACUGCCCACUCCUUCUUCGUCCCCGAUGCCGACUACCUUACCGAUCUAACAGGUCUCGUUGCGUAUCUAGCUGAGAAGAUCGUAGUGGGCAACUUCUGCAUAUAUUGCAACGAAAAGGGGCGAGACUUCAGGACUCUGGAAGCAGCUCGCAAACACAUGAUCGACAAAGGCCACUGUAAGAUCGCAUACGACACCGAGGAUGAUCGCUUAGAGAUCUCCGAUUACUACGACUUCAGUAGCUCAUAUCCCCCCGAAGGAGAUGGCGAGGAAUGGGAGGACGUUGAUGCGGACGGAAAUGGUGAUAAUGAUGAUGAUAUGGAGGUGGACGAGGUGGUGGAUGAUUCGGAGUCCGAGACGAACGAAAGUAACAAAGGGCGUAUCACCUAUAGCGACUCAGAUUAUGAGCUCGUUCUACCAUCUGGUGCUCGCAUAGGUCAUCGGUCCAUGCGGAGAUACUAUGCACAAUCAUUUACGCCGAUACCUGGACGCAAAGGAGAAGAUCCCAAUUCUGGGGCCGCAUUAGUCCGUCGACUGCUUGCUGAUAAGAACUCUGCGUUGGUACCACGGAAAGGAGGGUUCGGUGCGUAUGGCUCAGGAACAGACGUAAUUAAAGCUAGGAAUCGUGGAGAAGCGCGUGAGGCUGGCCGACACGUCAGAGAAUUCCGGGACCAAAAGCGUAGAGAAGACUUCAAGACAAAAGUAGGCUACAGACACAACAGCCAGAAACAUUUUAGAGAUCCACGUAAGCAUCUUCAUUUUCUUCAUGGCUCAUGA